GUCCCUUCUCCGGGCCUCUCCCCUCGCCGCGGCCGCCGCGGGACCCUGCGCGGGGGAAUGCUCUGCGGGCCGAGUUCGGGGAGACAGGAAGUGAGGCGUGCGAGCCCCAUGAGCGCGCCGCGGCGCGGGCUGGCGUGCGGGCGCGGCUGCGGCGGCCGCGCGGCGGGGCCCUGGGAGGCGGGCCGCUGAACUGGGCGCGCGGCCCCGAGGAUGCGGGAGCGGGAGCAGCACUGGCGUGGGUGCUCCCAUCACCUGGUCUUUGGAGACUCAGUUGCUUUUUAAUGGCGGCAGCAGCUGCUGGGUGAGCAGCCGGAGACUGUACAGUACUCCUCCCUUCAGGACAGGAUUGCUUUCUCUCGCCAUUACCACCACUGGAUUGGUGGCGGUGCUUUUCCCUUUUCACCCCUCCAACUCUUGAAGGGAGAAGAAGAUGCCACUGCCAUUUGGAUUGAAACUAAAACGCACCCGGCGCUACACGGUAUCCAGCAAGAGCUGCCUGGUUGCCCGGAUCCAGCUGCUCAACAAUGAGUUUGUAGAGUUCACGCUGUCCGUGGAGAGCACUGGCCAGGAGAGCCUAGAGGCUGUGGCCCAGAGACUGGAGCUUCGGGAGAUCACUUACUUCAGCCUCUGGUACUACAACAAGCAAAACCAGCGCCGGUGGGUAGAUUUGGAAAAACCUCUAAAGAAGCAGCUGGAUAAAUAUGCAUUGGAACCUACCGUCUAUUUUGGAGUGGUGUUUUAUGUGCCUUCAGUUUCACAGCUGCAGCAGGAGAUUACCAGGUAUCAGUAUUAUCUGCAGUUGAAGAAGGAUAUCUUGGAAGGAAACAUUCCUUGUACAUUAGAACAAGCAAUUCAGCUAGCAGGCUUGGCUGUUCAAGCUGAUUUUGGUGACUUUGAUCAGUAUGAAUCCCAGGACUUUCUUCAGAAAUUUGCCUUGCUUCCUGUGGAGUGGUUACAAGAUGAAAAAGUAUUGGAAGAAGCAACCCAAAAAGUGGCCUUACUGCAUCAGAAAUACAGAGGGCUGACAGCUCCUGAUGCUGAAAUGCUAUACAUGCAGGAGAUAGAGAGAAUGGACGGCUAUGGAGAAGAGAGCUACCCUGCCAAGGAUAGCCAAGGCAGCGACAUAUCCAUCGGAGCGUGUCUCGAAGGUAUCUUUGUGAAACAUAAGAAUGGAAGGCCUCCUGUGAUAUUUAGGUGGCAUGAUAUUGCUAACAUGUCCCACAAUAAGUCCUUUUUUGCAUUAGAGCUGUCAAAUAAAGAGGAGACCAUCCAGUUUCAGACUGAAGACAUGGAAACAGCAAAAUACGUGUGGAGACUCUGUGUUGCGCGACACAAGUUUUACAGAUUGAAUCAGUGCAGCCUGCAAACUCAGACCGUCAUAGUGAACCCAAUUAGGAGGAGGUCUUCUUCAAGGAUGUCUCUGCCUAAACCCCAGCCCUAUGUGAUGCCUCCCCCACCCCAGCUGCAUUAUAAUGGACAUUAUACAGAACCGUACACUUCUUCCCAAGAUAACCUGUUUGUGACCAACCAGAAUGGAUACUACUGUCACUCUCAGACAAGUUUGGAUCGAGCCCAGAUUGACCUGAGUGGUCGCCUCCGCAACGGCAGUGUCUACAGUGCACACAGCACCAGCUCCUUAAAUAACCCCCAGCCCUACUUGCAGCCCUCACCCAUGUCCUCGAACCCAAGCAUCACCGGGAGUGACAUCAUGAGGCCUGACUACGUCCCGUCGCACCGGCACAGCGCCCUGAUCCCCCCGUCCUACCGCCCCACCCCCGACUAUGAGACGGUGAUGAAGCAGCUCCACAGAGGCCUGGCGCCCGCCGAGAGGCAGAGCCACUCGCUGAGAAACCUCAACAUCGGCAGCUCGUACGCGUACAGCAGGCCCGAUGCGCUGGUCUACAGCCAGCCCGAGAUCCGGGAGCAUGCGCACUUCAGCUCCCCCCCGUCGGCCCACUACCCGUUCAACCUGAAUUACAGUUUCCACAGCCAGGCCCCUUACCCAUACCCCGCAGAGAGGCGGCCGGUGGUGGGUGCCGUCAGCGUGCCCGAGCUGACCAACGUGCAGCUCCAGGCCCGGGACUACCCAGCCCCCAACAUCAUGAGGACGCAGGUGUACCGCCCGCCGCCCCCCUACCCGUACCCCAGGCCCGCCAACAGCACCCCUGACCUGUCCCGCCACCUCUACAUCAGCAGCAGCAACCCCGAUCUCAUCACCCGGCGGGUCCAUCACUCUGUCCAGACGUUCCAGGAGGACAGCUUGCCGGUGGCGCAUUCCCUGCAGGAGGUCAGCGAGCCCCUGACCUCAGCCCGGCACGCCCAUCUCCAGAAGAGGAACAGCAUUGAGAUCGCCGGGCUGACCCACGGCUUUGAGGGCCUGCGGCUCAAGGAGAGGACCAUGUCGGCGUCAGCGGCGGACGUGGCUCCGCGGGCCGUCUCCGCGGGCUCCCAGCCAAACGUCGUCACUGAAAGGACAAAGCAAGAAGAGGACGAUGAGCAGCAGAGCAGAUACGGUCACAAAAAGUCCCUUUCAGACGCCACCAUGCUGAUACACAGCAGCGAGGAGGAGGAGGAGGACUUGGAGGAGGGGCGCGGGGCGCAGGCGCCCCGGGGCAGCUACUCCCAGCAAGCCCCACGGAGCGGCCCCCACACGCCCGGCCCCCCGGCCGCCGGCCCCACGCACAGCCUUGAGCCCAAGGCCCACGUCACUGAGGCCGAGAGAAAGGGGAGGGCCGGCAGCCCAGUUCCCACGCCCGGGGAAGGCCCACGGCCCAGGAGGGACGGGCUGCUGACGCCCUCCAUGUCCGAGUCCGACCUCACCACGUCCGGGAGGUACCGCGCCAGGAGGGACUCUCUGAAGAAGAGGCCGGUGUCAGAUCUCCUCUCCGGAAAGAAGAAUGUCGUAGAAGGGCUUCCGCCGUUAGGGGGAAUGAAAAAGAGCCGAGUAGAUGCAAAAAAAAUUGGUCCUCUCAAACUGGCUGCCCUAAAUGGACUCUCCCUGUCUCGACUGCCUCUGCCUGAUGAAGGAAAAGAGGUGCCUGCCAGAGCCACGAAUGAUGAGAGGUGUAAAAUUCUGGAACAGCGGUUAGAACAAGGAAUGGUAUUCACAGAAUAUGAAAGAAUUCUUAAAAAGCGGCUCGUUGAUGGGGAGUGCUCAACAGCACGACUCCCUGAAAAUGCAGAAAGAAAUCGGUUCCAAGAUGUUCUUCCCUAUGACGACGCCAGAGUGGAACUGGUCCCAACCAAAGAAAACAAUACCGGUUACAUCAACGCGUCACAUAUUAAGGUCUCUGUCAGUGGAAUUGAAUGGGAUUAUAUUGCCACUCAGGGACCAUUACAAAAUACCUGUCAGGACUUUUGGCAGAUGGUGUGGGAACAGGGAAUUGCAAUUAUAGCAAUGGUGACAGCAGAAGAGGAGGGUGGAAGGGAGAAGAGCUUUAGGUAUUGGCCACGCCUUGGUUCCAGGCACAACACUGUCACCUAUGGAAGGUUUAAGAUCACCACCCGGUUCCGCACAGACUCUGGCUGCUAUGCCACCACGGGCUUGAAGAUGAAGCACCUUCUCACGGGGCAGGAGAGGACAGUGUGGCAUCUCCAGUACACAGACUGGCCUGAGCAUGGCUGUCCAGAGGACCUCAAGGGAUUUUUAUCAUACCUUGAAGAGAUCCAGUCUGUUCGACGCCAUACAAAUAGUACAAGUGAACCAAAAAGCCCCAACCCUCCGUUACUGGUCCACUGCAGCGCUGGCGUGGGACGGACUGGCGUCGUUAUUUUGUCAGAGAUCAUGAUUGCCUGUCUGGAACACAACGAGGUGCUGGACAUCCCACGGGUGCUGGACAUGCUGAGGCAACAGAGAAUGAUGAUGGUGCAGACCCUCUGCCAGUACACUUUCGUAUACCGAGUUCUCAUUCAGUUCCUGAAAAGCUCAAGGCUCAUAUAAGCUCCCACAACUUCCUACGGGGACCCGAUCAUGUGAAGCGUUUACAGCGGAAAAAAAAGUGCUUGCCGAACUCAUGCUCUCUCCUCCACUCGGUGCACGCGGAAUGCUACAUCAGGACGUAAGUGACGGGAUGCAUGGUGGCACAUGGAAGGAAGUAUGCAGAGCACAAGGCUGAAGAGGGGGUUUAACCUGGGAAAGAUGCCGAAGAGGAAGGACUUGGUUCUGAGGGCGUUGCCCUGCUCUGAUCUGUCCGAUUUGCAGUACUUGCACACAUUUGGAGAUUGUAUUUUCUAGAUAAUUCUCUAUUUUGCUGAAGCUACGCUGGGCAAUUCUGGCAAUCACUAAGGCGUAUAGGUUUCUAUCUUAAACUAGUUUUUGAUAAUGGAAUUUUAUUUUAUGACUAAAAUAUUUGGGGUUUUCUUAUUAAGAAACUGAACUUUCCAUGGGGAUGAUCCACAGAUGUGAGUAGUUCCUAUAUAACUUUGUAUUUAAAACUAUGUUAUUAUCUUUUGUUAUUUUAAAAAAAUCUUGGGUACUUAACAAUGUAGUUACCAAACCCCAAGCUACAAGAAGAAUCUAAAAGUGUUAUUUUGAAACAUAGAAAACAUUUUUAUAUUCAGAAAAUUUUUUAUCCUAAAAAUUCUAUAUAUUUGUACCUUCUGUAUUUUCUAAACAAGAGUUCAGCUCAUUAAGGUACUGAGAUGAGUCAGUUAAUGUACGUUAAAGUUGGGAAUGAAGGCACAUUAUUUAAAAUGUAUGAAAAUAAUCAGAUUCACUGUUUUUUUCAGUAUUAUUCAUAAACCCAAAUGAGUUUGAUUUUAUUGGUUGAAAAUGAAGUGAAAAACAGUUGCAUAAGAUGGUUUUAAGCACUUUUUGUUGUUGAAAACAAUAAAUCUGAGUUUUUAAUAUAUGUGUUGCUUUAUAGGUGAAACAGUAACCACGGACAUAUUGAAAGUGUUUUGGAAGAGAUCAGGAAUGAGUAUGUAGGAUGACUAGGACAAGAGUAAGUGCAGUGUACAUGCAAGAUGGUAAAUGCAAGCUGCCUUUGUCUUUACAGAAAAUGCAGUGUUAUAUACUCAGACUGAGAUGCUGGCAUGGAGAGUGGGGGGCUUGGGAAGAGUCUGGGGGCUGACCUCCCGAGGAAGGUAUCCCCAGGAAAUUCAGGGCCCAUCACUGGCAGUGACUCGCUCUGUUUCCUUGAAGUUCUUCCACCUGCACCUCUCUUCUUUUUUUUGACAAAUCAGGUUUAUGUGAUGAUUAAAAGAAGCCUUGGGGCUUCCCUGGUGGUGCAGUGGUUGAGAGUCCUCCUGCCGAUGCAGGGGACACAGGUCCGUGCCCCGGUCCGGGAAGAUCCCACAUGCCGCGGAGCAGCUGGGCCCGUGAGCCAUGGCCGCUGAGCCUGCGCAUCCGGAGCCUGUGCUCCGCAGCGGGAGAGGCCGCAACAGUGAGAGGCCCGCGUACCGGAAAAAAAAAGAAGCCUUGAAGAGGCUUUAUUUUCUUUUUGUUGAAAGAAGGGAAGUGUUAGUAAUAGUCUUACCUCAUCUCCCAAAACCACGGCCCAGACUUGCGGGGCCCCCAGAGAUGACUGUGGUGUUCAAGAUGUACCGGAACUUUGGCUCCUUAAUCCUCUAACUUCACACCUGAGGUCAACUUUAGCUCGGCUCCCCCCAGUCCCAUGUAGGCCCAUCCCAGGGGGCAGGACCAGGCCAGGCUGGCAUGGCCUGGUCACAUGGGAGCUGAAGAGGUAAGGAAGGACGAACUGGUCCGUUUAGCUGAGCAGCCAUCUCUUUCUUCCUUCUUGAGGCUGCGUCUCCACAACAUAGAGUUUCUGAAAUGUCAAAUCCAGGAUUAUUUCCCCAAAUUACAAUAUCCUAGGGAUAGUUCUGAUUCCCGUGUUAACUCCUAAAGCAGUUUAACUCAUUAUUGUCACCGCUAAGUGUGUGUCAUUAGCUGUAAAUCAGGAUUUCCUUUAUACAGUGUGUGUAUCUGCCGAACUCUGACCCAGAAACCAACCACCUGAGAGGAAAAUUCAGACGGUAUUGAUGAAAAUGAAUAUUGAAAGUGGGCAUGUUUCUCACUUGGGAACAAAGAAUUGAUCUUAAAUCUAGAAUUGUUUAAAGAACAAUAGACCCAAGUGCAAAUAUUCAGGAAGAGCUCCUCAGGAGAAUGGAAUAAGAGUUUUUUAUUGUAAUAUUUCCCAUCUCCACACCAUGUAGAGUACUUCUGAUGCUUUUUUUCUUCUAUGGUACGUUUUUUAAAAAAUGCUUUUCUGUCAGGUUUAAACAUUUUGAAGUGUCCCAUUGACAAGAACAUACUGUAAAACAAAAUCUAAAGAGUAAUAUAUGGUAUGUUUGUGUUCCUGUUGUAAUAAUUUGAUUAUAAGAAAAUUACUUAUGAGGGCUAAAUUACACUGUGUAAAUGUCACUCUUAAAACUUGCAUGUUUGUCAUAGCUUUAAGACCCAUGUAAUUUUUUUGUGUCCCUUUUGAAUUUUUAAACUUUUAAUUAACAGUUAGUGAAUAUGAAAGUAUUUCUGAAUAAAAAUAAAUCUACAUUACUAGACUUUGAAGUAAUGUGAUUUUCAAGAGCAAACUGUAGAACAAUGAGGUUUCCAUAGGCUCAACUAUGUCUGAGUUGAGGAUGUUCUGUCUGCCAGACUUACACAGUGCUUCAGUAUUUUAGUGUCUUUUAGUUCGUUGAUAUUCUUAAUUUCAUAUCAACAUUACCCAAAUAUACAUUUUCACAAAAAGUAGGUUAUAAACCAGUGUUUUCCACUGAUCAUUGUUGGCAUCUCUGGCAUCAGUUUUCCUGAUUAGUGGACUCUUUUGAUAAAAUACUCUAGUUGGUAGUUUUGAACACAGGAAGUAUUCAUUUUAGAGUAUGAUUUGAAAUGUUAAUUGCAAUCAUUAUUACAUAUAUUCUUCUGGAACAUCUACUGUGAAAUAUUCAGAAAACCCUAGAAUUUAGCCUUUAAAACAUUUUGGCAGGAUUAAAACAGAAGCUGUGCUUCCUUAGAAAUUCCCAGAAAGAUAAUGGGUUAAAUGGGUUGAUAAGUUAAUGUUCACAACAUUGAGAAAAUAUAAAUGCCCAUAUUAUACAUAAUAUGAAACUUUACAUGUAUUAAAAUAUAAAGAAUUACUGUUUAUUGUAAAUCAUUUAAAAAAUCAGACAUUUUAAAGGAAUUCUUUUAGAUGUAAAUUUAGGGAAUUUGCUUUCCAUCAAGAUUUCAUGUGGAAUAAGCUAAACCAUCUCUUUCCAGUUUAAAGUUUAUUAAAAUAAUCUAAAUUGGAGGGGGCUCUUUUUUUGAACUGAGGGAUAGACAUUUCAAAAAUAGAGGAAUAGAUACUUUAGGAAUUUGCCUGGGAAAACAAUUCUCGAAAGAACAUGAAUUUUUCAAAUUCCUGAGAUAAGGGCUCCAUUUACCCUAAGUAGCUAUAAUUACUUAUACAAAAUGAGGAAAAAUCAGGAAGUCUGGUUGUUUAAGGUUUGCAUGUGUUAGGGGUGGGUGGAUAGAGGAUUUCAGAACACAUUUGAAGGGGUCCUUGGGUUGUUAAAGUGGCAUAGUUUUCUAUAUAGUUCAGGUAGUUCCCAAAUAAGAAUUAAUGCUCUAAAAGGUCAGAUAUAUGUUAAAUUAUUGAGAGUAUUGUUUACAAGGGGAAAUGUUGCUAUAAGUCAGUAUCAACUUUCUUGGUUUGCCCUCCCAAAGCUUAUUUAAACCACAGGGGCUCUGAAAGGUAGACAGUGGUGGUCACCUCCCCGUCGUCCGUACUCUAAGAAAAAUACACAGCAGCUUUCCUCCCUACUGCACCCUGCUGGUGAGAGCACAAAGCAUUCUCUCUGGGUCUGCUGGGCAGUGGGGACAGGGCCUCAGCAAGCAACUGGAGUCAGAUUGAUCCAGUGUUCCAUGAGAGAAUUCCACAUAACGUUAACGCCCCAUCAUUUGCCUCAGAAACUUGAGUGGCACAUGAAGAGUAAGGAACAGCAUGGGAUAUAUGAUGAAGAUGAGCAGGGAUGCUGCCUCUGAGACUGCCUGUGAGGCGGGGCGGGGUGAAGGAGGAUGAAUUGUCAAUGCCUCCCCGUACCUUUCCUGUUUCCGUUUACAUAUCUACCUUUGGAUUGUCACUGGCCUGAAAUGGGAAGUAGAAGAUGGAUCAAGAAGGAAGUAUAAGGUCUGCAGCACCCAGCUGAGGAAGCAGCAGUUCCAAGGCAAAUAUUCCCAUGUAAAGAGUAUCUCUAGGUCACAUGUAUAUGAUUAGGGCCUGGCUGCACAUCAUAUUUCCAAAAAUGUUUAAAUGAAACUACUUAGUUUUAAAAAACUAGAGUAAAUCUGAACUUUGUCCAAUAUGUUGCUGGGUUAAGAAAGGUAGUAACCAUAUACUUAUUUUAAAUUACCCUUUAAUAUUAUAAAUAAGUAUAAAUGAGUGAUAAGAAAGGAGUAAUUGUUUGAACUACCUGUAGAACUAACAGUUUGGCUAACACACUGUUCCAAAUUUUUGAAAAUUACUUAUUAGGUAGAUAUUUUGAUCAUUAUUCCUUCCAUUAAAUAUGACUGUGGUGUGUCAUAUAAAAGGACCAUUUAAAAUCUCGAAGAUGCUUUGGCUUUGAAUCUAUAAUAUAGUGUACCCAUACUGGCUAUAGCAGUACAUGAUUCCAGUGUAAUAAAUCUGCAAUUUUAAACUGAACUGGUAGGGGGUUUUUAAACUGUGUAUGAAGACCAGUACUUAAUUUUGGUUGUCACUACCGACAUUUUAAGUGCUCCUGUGUAGUUUAAAUUCACGCUCUAAAAGCUUGGUGAAGAAAAGCUGUACAGUAUUCACUCUUAGGAACAGGUCUGUGCUACCAAAGAAAUUCAGAAGCUUGGAUUAUCUGGGUUAUCCGGAACAUGAACCUGUCGAUCCUCAUUUUUGGGGGUAAGUUGAUGAGACUAGUACAGAUUUAAUGGUAACUGGCUUUUCACUUCCACCUGCUCAUUUAUCAGCUGAGGAAAACUGAACAAGUAAAUGGGAAAUACAAGUUCAGUUACUCAUUUUUCAUAAGAGUGCAAGUAUCGCAGGUCAGACUGCUAUCAUAGAUGGUGAGACUGUCCAAACAUUUUUUUCCAGAAAUUUAUUAGAAAUCACAUGAAAGUAAUGGACCAUUGAAUGAGACAAAUCUUUUGUUACUUACUUUAUAGUAAUAUUUAUUGAAAUGUAAUUUAAUCUUAGAGUUAAGUGUCCUAAAAGGAUCUAAUGGUUUUGUAGUUUUACUGGAAUAAUACCACACUGGUUCAGUCUAACAAAUAACCUGAUAAAAAGUAAAUAUUCUCCAGAGGUGACAAACUUAUUUCCAGACAGAUUUAAUAAAAACAAGAUUAAAAGUAAUACAAAAUCUUAAGCCCACAAAACAAAAAGGUGAAAUAAAAAAACAGAAGGAAAAAAUGCUAUAAUUUGUGACACCUUUUAGAUUAGUAGUGCUCUAGUGGGUUUUAUUUGCAUAGUUUGGUUUUGUGACCCAAUAGAGGAGUUGAAGUAGUUAUUGUACAGGGAUGAUUCUUAAUGUUUUUGAAGAUUUUCUGUUAGUAUCAGUUUAGACUCUCCAUAUUAGAUUUUUUUUCAUUUCUAUAUUAAAAGUAAGCAGCUUAAUUUCUUGUUGUAGAAUUGAGCUAUUACACAAUUAUCAGUGUAUUCAGUUUCUAAACAACACAUUGAAAAUGAGAAAGAUAAAAAUAUUUUUAGAAAUAUUAAGCCUUAAGAAAACUUGGUUGCACAGUAAACCUUACUCAGAAGAUUGGCAUUGGGCCAUUAGAAUAUAUUUUUGCUUUUUACUGUAUUCUCAAGUAAUUUUUUAUAUUAAAAUAUAAAACACUUAGUUUUUAUCAUGCAAAUGUUAAAUAUUUUCCUAUAAAAACACCUUAAUGUUUCACUCUUUUGUGCUUAAAAGAGGGAGAUAUUUUGAAUUCUAAUGAUGCUAUUUAGUUCAGAUGAAGAAUUACACUGCAACAGAACAUAAAUUUGUUGUAUAUUUCUUUGUUAAAAACUGAAGCAAUCCAAGCCCUACCCUAUGCUAGCAAAGCAUAGUUUAAAAAUGAAUAUCUAGAUAACAAGUCUAUUUAAAUAAAAAUUCCAACAGUAAAUAUGACUUAAUAGUCCUAAGAAACUUAAAAAUUUGGAGAAAAUGUUUAUGAAAUACAUUUCCUCAGAAAGUUGCCCUAUAAUUCAAACAAUGCACUGGGAAUUCUACCUUUUUGAAAUCAGGUUGUAUACAUAGUUAUCUAGUAUUUUCUAGUUUAAAAAGCAAUUUUAUGUGCUACUGUCUGAUGAUCAAUAAUGUAAAAAUGUAUAAUCAGAAGAGCUUAAAUCUUCUAAACUGUCAUUGGUUUAUAAAAGUGUGUACAUUUAAUGGGCAAAAAAGUUUGAAUGAAUGUAAUAUAUGUGAAAUGAAUAUAUUAUAGUCUAUUUUUGCCAUAAAAAUAAAUAUUGAAGCAAGA